GGUGGAGGGGGCGGUGGCAGCGUGAGAGCUGAGGAAAUGGAGGACAGCGCCUCGGAGGUGGACAGCAGCGACCAGGAGGAUGGAUUUGUCCCGAGGGAUAGGUCGAACACAUGUGGAUCUCUGUCGGACUUGGGGAAAAAACGGAAACAGGAACCUCUCGCCCAGGAGAGUCGCAGUGACCAGAAUCCCGAGGAGGAGAAGGAGCCGAAACAGAAACGGGUCAAACCCACCUCCAAGUUGAAAAGGUUCAGCCAAUCGUUUCAGAGGUUGAGUUUCCGGACGGAUGCUCGUGCCUCCCCUUUGACCCCUCGGCUCUGGGGGAAGGGGUCAAGGGGUCCCUCGAAAGCCCGUGGGGUCAAACUGUGGAGCGAGACCUUCGACAGCGUCAGCGAGGAACUGUCCCUCACGGAGGUCCGCCGUCAGGAGGCGAUCUUUGAGCUGACCCAGGGGGAACAGUCCCUGAUUGAUGACCUAAACAUCACCAAGAAGGCUUAUUUUGAGCCGAUGUUGAAGCUGUCCAUCAUGUCUGAGGAUGAACUGAAUCAAAUCUUUGGGAGUCUGUAUUCGCUGAUCCCACUGCAUGAAGAUCUGUUGAGCCGGCUCCAACAGGUUCGAAAGGCAGAUGGCACGGUCUCUGAGGUGGGCGCCAUCCUGAUUGAAUGGUUCCCCUUGCUACAGGCCUACGAACAGUAUUGCUGUAAUCUCAUCGCGGCCAAAUCCCUGCUGGAUUACAAGAAACAGGAACAGCGAGUCACCGAGUUCCUCACGCUGUGUCAGGAAUCCUCCUUCAGUCGUAAACUCGACCUCUGGAACUUCCUGGAUCUACCCCGGAGUCGGCUCUUCAAAUACCCCCUGCUGCUGCGGGAGAUCGCUCGAUAUACCCCAGCCCAGCACCCAGACUGUAGGCAGCUGGACACUGCGAUCGAGCUGAUCCAGGGCAUUGUGGCGAGGGUUAAUCUGAAGACCGGUGAGGCGGAGUGUCAUUAUUACCGGGAACGCCUCCUGUACCUCGAUCACUCCCAGAACGAGCCACUCAUCCAUAGCUCCAAGGUGCUGUGUUGUCAUGGCGAGCUGAGGAACAACAAAGGGGCGAAGCUGCAGGUGUUCCUGUUUGACCAGGUGCUGGUGAUCACUCGGACGGUGAGCAGGAACGAUUUGCCCCUC